AUGGACAGUUUGUCCUUGGUUGUGGUGACCCUCAUCAUCAUUGCGGGAUCUGCUCUCUUUCUCCGCAUCAGACAUGAUCCCCGCGAACCCCCCGUAGUCCACAAUGGCAUCCCAUUCAUCGGCCAUAUGAUCGGCUUCGUUCGUCAUGGAGUCGACUACUACGCGUUGCAGAGCGCCAAACACGGCCUGGAAGCCUUCACCAUGGACGUGCUCUUCACCAAAAUCUAUGUCAUCACCACCCCGAAUCUAGUCAUCGCGGCCCGGCGCCAUCACCGCAACAUGUCCUUUGAGCCCGCCAUCACCGGCGGGGCGAGGCGCAUGACCGGCCUCAAAGGACCCGGGUUGGAACUCCUCCGUGAGAAGCGGCACGGGGGUGAGGGCUUGCACAGUGACGUCGUGCAUGCAAUGCGUCCGUCUCUCGAGGGAGCGGGAUUGGACCGGAUGAACGAGAAGGUGAUCGGUUUGUUGCUCAGGAGCGUUGAUGAAUUGCCGACCGCUGCGCCCUUUGAUUUCCACGGAUGGUGUCGGUCGGCCAUCACCAUCGCCAGCACGGAUGCGGUGUAUGGUCCUCUGAAUCCGUACCGGUUCAAGGAGCUGCAGGAUGCGUUUUGGGACUUCGAGGAGAAUCUCGCGCUGCUGCUGAUGGACGUCGGGCAGAGGUUCACAGCGCGCAAGGCAUGGAAGGCACGGCAGCGAAUCGUCGCCGCUUUCAUCGAUUACUACCGUGCUGAUGGGCAUCUCGACUCGUCGCACAUGACAUAUGCCCGGUGGGAGACGCAGCAGAAAGGAGGUGCCACACUGGAGGACAUCGCCCGCCUGGAGGCGGCUGCUGCACUGGGGACCUUGUCGAACACAGUCCCGGCGAUUUUCUGGUUGAUCUUUGACAUCUUCUCACGUCCGGAGCUGCUGAAGGAAGCUCGAGAUGAAGUGGCUCAGCAUGCGAUCCAGGUUGAUGCGCAAGGCGUGCACACCGUUGAUCUCACUGAGAUCCGCGAGAAGUGUCCUCUGCUGGUGUCGGUGUUUCAGGAGACGCUGCGGCUACGUUCUAAUACCGUUCCCAUACGGGUUCUCUAUGAGGAUAUCCUCCUGGAUGACAAGUAUCUUCUGAAAGCAGGUGGAAUCCUGCAGAUGCCCGCACAUGCGAUCAACCGCGACCAGUCAAUCUGGGGCAGCGACGCGGACGAAUACGACCCUCACCGAUUUGUCAAAAUUAACCAGUCUGACAGUCGCAAGAAGGCCAACGGAUUUCUGUCCUUUGGGACCUCUCCGCAUGUUUGUCCGGGCAGGCACUUUGCCACGGGGGAGAUCCUGGCUCUGACUGCCAUGCUUGUGGUUCGGUAUGACAUUGUCCCUCUCGGCGGGUUGUGGAGAGAGCCCAGGAUCAACAAGACAGCUAUUACGGCUUCGACAAGGCCUCCUGCAGAGGAAUUCAAGGUGACUGCUACGGCCAGAAAGGAGUAUCAAGGGACUAAAUGGGCGUUCCGUGUGUCGGAGGGUAAGGGGAAGUACGGACUGAUCAUCGGGUAG